CAUCAUGACCCAGCUCUCAGCAGGAAUAUGCCAACGCCUCCAGGAGGCAACGCCCGAGGACAUUGACAACAUUGGCUCGGGGCACACUGUUCAGCUUCUCUCAAUCAAAAAAGUCAGCCAGUCGGCAAACAGCAGCAACACCGUCGACAGGUACCGUCUCAUCAUCUCAGAUGGGGUACACUUCAUCCAGGCUAUGCUUGCCACCAAGCUUAAUGAUCUGGUGGCAAACAACGAACUUGGAAAGAACACGGUCGUCAUUAUCGAUCAACUCACCUGCAACUUUGUCCAGGAGAAGAGGUUAAUUAUCGUACUCAACUUGCAGGUCCUGACCAGAGACGAAGAAAAGAUAGGCACCCCGUCUCCUCCCCCGUCUGUCGCUGCUGCAGCAGCAGCGGCAGGUGCCGGACCUUCCGCCGCCCCACAACAGUCUACUUCCAAUGCGCAGCCAGUUAGAUCAUCCGCCGCAGCGCGUCAAACACAAACGAAGGGAAGGAACGUUUUCCCUAUCGAAGGUCUCAGCCCGUAUCAGAACAACUGGACUAUCAAAGCACGCGUUACUCAGAAAUCCGAAGUCCGAAACUGGUCGAAUGCGCGCGGGGAGGGCAAACUCUUCAAUGUGACUCUUAUGGACGAAUCUGGGGAGAUCCGUGCCACUGGCUUCAAUGCGGUCGUAGAUGAACUUUAUCCAAAAUUGGAAGAAGGAAAGGUCUACUAUGUUUCAAAGGCCCGCGUCAACCUGGCCAAGAAGAAGUUCUCUAACAUUCAAAAUGAUUAUGAGCUCAGCCUGGAAAAGAACACCGAGGUUGAGGAGUGCUUGGAUACCACCAACCUCCCAACGAUCAAGUAUAACUUCAUUUCCCUCGGUGAACUCGAAAGCCUUGCAAAGGACGUGAACUGCGAUGUGAUUGGUAUUGUAAAGGAAGCCGGACCAUUGUCUGAAAUCACUUCAAAGACGAACCGAACCAUUCCCAAGCGCGAGCUGACGAUCGUCGACAAGUCACAGUUUUCAGUACGAAUGACGCUUUGGGGCAAACAAGCAGAACUAUAUUCGGCAGAGGAUCAACCAGUCAUUGCUUUCAAGGGUGUCAAGGUUGGUGACUACGGAGGUCGCUCCUUGUCGAUGAUGAGCUCUAGCUUGAUGUCUAUUUCACCCGAUAUCCCCGAAGCCCAUGCUCUUCGUGGUUGGUACGAUGGUAUCGGGAACGAGAAGACGUUCACAGCUCAGUCGAGCGCUGUCCCCCUUGGUGCCUCAUUCGGUGGCUUCAACCGCUCUGAGUUACGGCACAUCUCGGAUGUGAAGGACUCGCAGCUAGGUAUGGGUGACAAAGCCGACUUCUUCUCGACGCGCGCCUCCAUCAUGCACAUCAAGACUGAGAAUAUCGCGUAUCCCGCGUGCGCGAACCAGGGGUGCAACAAGAAGGUCACAGAUGUGGGAGAUGGCUGGAGGUGCGAAAAAUGCGACAAGACGUUUGAGCGCCCAGAGUACCGCUACAUCGUCUCCAUCGCGGUGGCGGACUGGUCAGGCCAGGCGUGGUUGCAGGGCUUUAAUGAUGCGGGCGAGGCUAUAUUCGGCAAGAGUGCAGACGAGGUUAUGGAGAUCAAGAAUUGUGACGAACAAGAGUACAAUGCGGUCAUGGCUCAGGCGACCGGUGUCACAUUCAAUUUCGGCUGUCGCGCGAAGCAGGACACCUACAAUGAUAACACCCGCGUUCGCUACGGUAUAUCGAAGAUCCUCUCUGUAGACUACCGCGAGGAGGCUAAGCAUCUCGUUGAACUGCUGCAGUCCGACUGGGCACAGUAAUUGCGUUGUGUAUUUUUUAGACUGCUGAUGUUG